AUGAGCAAUCUCAGCACGCAAGAAGACAGGCCCGUGGACCAAUUGGAGUUUUCGUCGGACCCCGAAAUUCGGACUUGGCCCAGAUUCCGUCAAGAUAUUUUGAGCAGACAGCCUAAGACCAAGAAAGGAUCUCCCACCUUCGAGGAGCUUAGGGAAAAGGUUUCUAGCGUUAUACACAAAGCAUUUCCCAAAAUCUCGCCCACAUCAAUCCAGGAUUCUGCAUCAAAGAUCACGCAAAUCCAAGCUAAAACAUUCAAUAUGGCUGCAGCACUCAAGAGGUCCUGCAAAGCGAUUGGUGAAAAUGCGACCUGGAUGUCACACUAG